AUGAGCUCCCAGCCUCAAGUCGCGCCAUAUGGCACCUGGAGCAGCCCCAUAUCAGUUGAUCUGGUCUCAGGAAGUAGUGUGUCAUUCUCCGAGCUCCACGUCAACCCGAAAACGGGUGCAAUCUACCUCGUGGAAGGCAGACCAGCUGAGAAAGGAAGGUGCGCCAUCGUAGAACAACGGGGCACGGAAUCAAUUGAUAUCUUGCCAUCAGAGUACACUGCUCGAAGCAAGGUGCAUGAAUACGGUGGUGGUGCCUGCACUGUCAAUCCAGACGGAAGUCUGAUCUUUACAGACGCCAACACGAGUGGUGUCUUCCGUCUCAAAGCAGCAAACGAUGUUCAGCCGAUCAUCACCGCUUCGGAACAGUUUCGAUAUGCUGAUUUCGACGUUCAUCCUCUUCAGACAAACUUGAUUCUUGCUGUUCAGGAAGAUCAUUCCGGCAACAGUGUCGCGAAUACGGUUGUACUCAUUAAUUCGGAUGACAAGAGUGUUACGAAUGUUUGCCAAGGAGCGGAUUUCUAUUCGGCACCAAGGUUCAAUCAUGACGGGACGAAAAUUUGCUGGAUCCAGUGGAGUCAUCCUGAUAUGCCGUGGACUGGAAGCGAACUUCACAUUGCAGAUUGGAAUGCUGCAGGUCCAAGGAAUGCAAAGCACAUUGCCGGUAAAGCUGCUGUGGAAGGUGUUGGGCAACCUAAAUGGCACGAAGAUGGGACAUUAUUUUUCACUAGCGACCGUACUGGAUUUGCUCAACUGUAUCGUUUAAAUUCUUCAUCUUUGGAGGUACUGCCACUUGUUUUACCUGGAUGGGAAGAAGCAGACAUUGCUUGCAAACGAGUGUUUUCAGCACUUGGAAACAACUCAUACAUUAUCUUGACGCCUACUCAGCUUGUGGUUACUUCCACCAAGCUCGCCACGGAUGCGCUGCUGCUUGUGGAUCUUCAAACUUCCAAAGCGCUGGAGUUAUCGCUAGGUCUCGUCGAUAUUCCCAUGAACUCGAUUCGCAAGAUCUCAAACACCAAGUUCGUCGUGAUAGGGAGUACAGUGACGUCUCCGUCAGCGCUGUACCUCGUUGACAUAUCGAAACCAUCCGAAAAGGUUCUUCUAAAAUCUUCCACCGCUAUUCCAUUGUCACCCUCGAUAUACUCCAUUGCCAAACUCAUUACGUUCCCUCGAACACAGGGAAAAGAAACAGGCGGCGUUGCUCAUGCAAUUUUCAACCCGCCCCAUAACCCAUCUUACACUCCUGUCCCCGAAACCAAGCCCCCAGUCAUAGUCUCCAUUCACGGUGGGCCAACAGGCCACGAUGCGCCAGGCUUGGAUCUCCGAACCCAAUACUGGACGUCCCGAGGCUACGCUUAUGUCCAUGUCAAUUAUGUUGGUAGCACUGGAUAUGGACGCAAAUAUCGGGAGGCCCUCAAUUCUUCCUGGGGUAUCAAAGACGUAGAUGAUUCCGCAUCCUGCGUUGCCUAUCUUUCGGAACAGGGUCUCGUUGAUGGUACCAAGGCCGGCAUCGUGGGAGGAAGUGCAGGUGGGUAUACCGUACUUCAAUCACUGGUUGACUUCCCAAAACUGUGGGCUGGAGGAAACAGCAAGUUUGGGAUCGGAAACUUAAAGUCCCUGGCGAUGAUGACCCACAAGUUUGAAUCGCAAUAUCUUUUUGCUCUCAUUUUCCGAGAAGAUACGACUGAGGAAGAGAGGGAGAGGAUCUAUCGGGAGAGAAGUCCUGUCUUCCAUGUGGACAAAAUUGAAAGUCCGCUGUUGAUAUUGCAGGGAGAUGAGGACAAGGUGGUGCCUCUCGAUCAAGCUGAGGAGAUGACAAGAGUCUUGAAAAACGGCGGGAAAGAUGUGAAACUUGUUGUAUUUCAAGGAGAAGGACAUGGGUUCCGAAUGCAGGAGAAUGUGAAGACUGCCAUUUUGGAGGAGGAGGAACUCUGGCGGAGGACUUUGCUUGCGAUGGAGUGA